AUGUUUACUUUGCAGGAGUAUUUGCUGAAUUCUCCCCUUCCUUGCGUUAAUUUUGUCAUUUCUGACAGUGAUCAGAUGAAAAUAUAUUCACUGCUGUCUUCGGUUAAUAAGAAUAAAGGAAAUGGAAAAUCUGAACGCUUUAAUCUCAGGGUUCUUGACGUAUCUGAAAUUAAUAAACCCACUCCGAAGAAGUUAAACUGGUUCCAAAGAAUUUCUAGGGAACCAACCUGCGUAGUAUAUUGUACAGAUUGGCAAAAUUAUAAGGUAGAGUCCAGUAAAAACUUGAACCCUGAAGCAUUCUCUGACCCGAAUUUGGUGGACAUUUUGUCAGGAACAGUUGGAAUACCGUCAAAUUUUGGAAAAGAAAGGAGAAAUAGUGGAAAGAGUUUUGAAACAGAAUCGUUUGUGGACCAAAACGUAUAUAGAGUAACGAGUAAACAGUUGGAAAAGUUAAUAAGGGAUGAUAUUGAUAGAUUUUUGGUUCCAAUGAGGAAGAUAAAUUCAAGAAAAACAAUACCACAUAAGUUUUUGUUCCUAGUAAACUUGAAUAAGAGUGUUAAAAACCCUAACAAAGUUAUUGGUAGUUUGAAGACCCUGGAUCCCUCAGAAGUUUGCGCAGUCUGCGUUUCCUGCGGACCAACAGAUAUUAACGCGAAACUUGAAAAACUGGAACAAAUGAUAUAUGAAACGUCAAUCUCAUACUAUGAGAAGAAGAUUAAGAAGAUGAGUAAAACCAUUGCCAAUUUAAAGGCACAAAUUACAGGAAAUUUGACGGAUAUCACUGAACUGUAUUUGGUACUUUUGAACUUUAAAAUGGGCUACUUUUCAGAACUUAUCUCGAACCGUAAAGAGGCCCAUGGGAAGUAUUCAACGUGCCUUUCAACAUUAAAACAGAUGGACACAAGCAUUUCAGCAAUUGAUAAAACUAGUCUUUCAUUCCAUAUUUGUCUAAGAUUAUUAGAUUACCUGUUUUAUUCAGGAGACUUUGUAGAAUAUGUAAACGUUUACCGAGAAUUUGAGCUUUUAAUAAAACGCUUGGUUUUUGAUAAGUUCAGAGGAUUGUACUAUAAUUUGAUGUAUUCAAUGAAUUAUUAUAUCGGUUACAAAUUGGAAACAAAGUCAUCUAAUAGCAGGAACUCUAAAGAGUUAUUAUUAAACUCAACAUACUAUUAUAAAUGGGCAUUACACUUUAUAAUACUUUUACGCACAGAAAUUAACAAAAGUGACGCUGGUGAUUUGGAUAAUAAUGGCAUGGUGUAUAACGUUCCCGAGAAUUUUAAUAACAUAUUCUAUUAUGAAGACCAAGACUACGUAAAUGAGUAUGAAAAGGACAAUGAAAAAAAUGAAUUAAAUGUUGAAGAAUUGAGGGUUUUAGAUAAAAAGUUUGAAUCUGAGACUGUAAAGCUCGUGAUGAAGAUAUUUAGCAUAUACAAGGGUUUUAACUACUCGAGUCAUUUGUUAUACAUUUAUGACACGCUCGGAGACUCGUUCUUCCUUCACGGCAAUUAUAAAGAGGCGUUUAACAUAUAUCUUAGCAUCGCAAAGCAUAUUGUAUACAACAUUAACUUUAACGAAACAUAUUCCUCAGUAGUUAACAAGUACUCAAAAAUUAUACCUAAUGACUUGGAUGGGAGUAAUGAGCUGAAAAGUGAUUGGGAUGAAGUUGACGAGUCUGUUGGAACUUUGGAGAAUACUAAAACAGACGAGGUUGUAAUUAAUAAGUCUACUGAUGUGGACGAGAUUGACUACGUGGAGGUGAUUAACAUGUUUAUGUAUAGUGAAUUAUCUUACGAAAGUUUAUUUCCAGGCCUUUUCAUUAAGGUUUUGUCAAAAUUUAUCUUGUCAUUGGCUAACAUGCUCGACAUUGGAGAAUUUCCUGAAAUUUUACUCAAGUUGUCAAACCUUCCAAUAGCCAAAUAUAAUUCUAAAAACCAGCUUAUCGCAAAUGCCUCAGAUAUGGCAGUAUAUAAACUAGUAUUAAUCAAGUCUUUAAUCACAUUCAUAUCAAUUUAUACCGAAGAACACGAUGUAAUUGAUUAUCUGAACAAUAUUAUUAAUUUGUUUUCCACACCCAAAUCUGAUCAACCGAGUGAAGUAGAUAAUUCGGAUAAGCAUGAUGAUAGUGAUGGAAAGAAUGGAUCAUAUGAAAGGAAUGAGUUGGAGAUUGAUAUGAUGGAAUCAUAUGUAUUAUUGAGUAAGAAUGCAAUGAGCCAGUAUGCAUAUAAAUUUGAAAAUGAUCUUAUAGAAGUGUUAAUUAGUUUUGAGACUGAUAUUGAGUUGGAUUUGCAGUUUUACGAGGGUUUCCUGGAUACUUCAGAAGGUAUUUUGCGCUUUUACCACGAAAAGUCAGAGUUCGUACCUGAUGCUUUUGUAGCUUAUUGCAACAACGUUGACACUGGAAAGCUUGAAAUAACACGACUACCAAAUAACACUCGGAUAAUAUUGAUAAUAAGCCUGCCAUUUUAUACUUUGAAAAGGAUGAAAAUUAAUGGAGUUGUUCUCAAGUCUAAAUACUUAAAAUUAUUGGUAAACGCAGUGAUACUGACUAAUAAAUACUUCACAAAUGAGUUCACGAGCGCAAGUGUCUUUAGAGAUUUGGAUAGAAAGGUUAGGAUUGGAAAUUAUUCCAGUAGGUUAAUCACUGGUGAGAGAAAAUCGAGAUAUUUGACCCAUGAUGGAGAUGGUGAACGCAUUCUUAACAUGAUUUACUUAUCAUGUAAUAAUUACGUCUCAGAUGUAGUUAACAAGGAACUUAGCGCAAUGGACAAGGCAAAGGAACUCAAGAUCAUGAACCUGAAUAUGAAGAUGAAAAUUUUCGUAAAAAAUAUGGUCAAAAAGUUCAUGGUGCCCAUCACAAUAGUGCUACUGUUUAAUCAUAGGUUCAGACAAUUAUACACUCAAUACUCAUAUCAAUUACAGGUUCGGGACUGUGAGUUUUAUAUAUUUGGAGGUACUGAUGAUGGAUUUGUUAUUAGUAAGACUAACGUAGUGGAUUUUGAUAUUGAAUAUAGUCUGAUGGAUUUGGAAGAUGUUGAAAUUAAACUUAAUAGUUCAAAAUCACAGCCUAAUCAGAUUCUUUAUCACCCAACCAAUGAACAAGAUACCGUAACAAGUUCACAACAAGUAGAUGAAGAAGUUUUAAACUAUAUUAACAUUUAUAGUAGUAAUUAUGACGUCUAUGUUAUGUACGGGUUAAUUAACAUCAACAACAUCGAAACACAAAAGCUCACACUUGAACUCUUCAUUAAUGAUAAACUCGAAUAUACAAAAAAUAAUACUGAAAAUACUAAUUCUAGUAAUAAUGAUAACUUAGUUGAUAAUAAGUUGGAUAAAAGAACUGAGAUUUUGAAUGAUAAAUUAUUGUCACUGUAUAUUAAGAAAGUUGAUGUGGAGUUGAGAGAUUUGGUUAAUGUGAACCUCAACUAUAAAUACUACAACAACUCAAACAUGAUGCUAUAUAUUGAUCUCGUUAACAACUCUGAAAUUGUUUACGAACUUGUCAACGUUAACAUACUGUAUAAUAAUCAUGUUUUAAUCGCAAAUAAUGAAGGAAAGUUGUAUGGGUAUAGGAAUAGAAUUGAGUCUGACCAGAGUGUUAAUUUGAUAUAUAUAAUAAAGAAUUACCAGAAUUACCAGAACCCUGAAGAUAAUGCUGUACAGGUGCAAAUUACCAAGUACGUGAGGCAGGAGCUAAAAUACCCCUUUAACCAUAUGGAACAAUUCUUAAAGUGCACCAUAAACAAGUUUGUAAAAGUCGAGGGGAAACUCGAUAAAAUCCAACUCCUACUGAAACAUAGGAACAUAGUACAUCUGGGUCAGCCCUUUGAACUACAGGCUGAAAUUAUCAAUAAUACCAACAACACUAUUGAGUAUGUUGUAUUUUUGGACGAGCUGGAGGAUAGAAUGUACAUAAUUUCAGGACCCUUGAGUUCAAAUUUAGUGGCUCUACCAAGGUCCUCAGAUAAGCUGAGUUGGACAAUAAUAGCAACAAAAUGUACUCCGUUUAAGUUGCCAGUUGUGAGGGUUUCAAAUAAACUUGAUUCUGGACCCAACCGUGAAAUAAAGUCGGAAGCAGCCCAAAUCUACGUGGUGCCCCGAGGAACACCUGCCCUGAAUCCAGUGGAUUUGGUGACGGAAUCUGGUGGAAGGCUGAGCCCAAACUCACAAAUGCCAAAGGUGGUAAAAGGAGUAAAUGUGUAA